AUGAUGAUGAAUGCUCCCGUUCGCCUUCUCCCGCCUAACGAACCCAUCUACCGGUACCCACCUGAAGAAGAUGAAGAACAGCCACCCUGGAAGCUACCGCUUGCCCAAGCCGAACCGAUUGACAAUCUAAUUGAUCAAAAUCUUGGCGAUACUCUAUUCCUCAGAACCAAGGGUCAUUCAUUUGGGUCUUCCGGCUUCAGGCCUGUCGCCGGACCGCUGUCUCUGGUUGCUGGGGGUCGUCUUAAGCGACUGUGCAAGACGUGCUCAGCCACGGAGGUCAAGCACCAGUGUACUUGCACACUUCGAAAGCGGUUUCUCGACCAAUGGCUGUGCAUUGAAUGCUACCUCGAGAACGAAGUUGAAGUUGAUGUUACGCGAAUGAUGAACAUGAUGGCAGGAGAUGAGUCAGGAGAAUGUCCGUGUGGGAGCUCAUUCGAUACACAGGACCAAGAUUCGUGGUUUGUAUGCGAGUGGUGCGAUGGUCGGGUGAUCGGGUCUAAGAAAGCCACUGAAGAUGAGGAGGCGGCGAAGACUUUCGUACCGGAUGAGGAGGAUGAAGACAAGGAGGGCGCCUGGCCGGAAUUUCUUCCAGAUGGGGACCGGCCCAAUCUGGAUGGCACUCGGAUUGAGCAGGCCAUCGUGGCUGCGGGCUCGGCCGCGCCUGGUCUGCAUGGGCACUUCGUCUGUCAAGAGCAUCUUACCCGGAAGCAACAUGUGCAGAUGGAUGCAUACAAAAAGAAAAUGGAGGAGGGCAAGGAGGGAGAACUCAGUUUCAAGUGGUACCGCCCUCAUAGCUUAUGA